AAGGCGGCGCCCGCGCCUCUGCAGCCAGUGGCAGCCGCAAGCCCGGGGAGGCGGCUCCCGCAGCCCCCCGCAGCCCCCCGCAGCCCCGCGCCCGGGGCGCCUGCGACCACAGCGGCCGCCCGGGGGAGGAAGAGGAGGAGGAGGAGGAGGAGGAGGUGACAAACUCUCCGGCUCCGCGCCGCGGCUGGCAGCCCGCGGUCAGGCAUGCAGGCGCGGCGUCUAGCCAAGCGCUCCAGCCUGGGCAGCCGCCGGGGGGGCGCCGCGUUGCAGGCGCCCGGACCCGCGCCUGCCAGGGAAGGCACCUUGCCCGGCCUCCCACCGCUCGGCCCGGGCCCGGCCGCGGCCCCAGCCCCGGCCCCGGCCCCGGCCCCGGCCCCGGCCCCGGCUCCGGCCCCGGCCCCGGCCCCGGAGAGCUGGAGGCCGCCGCUGCCGCCACCGCGCAGCGCCGGGACCGGCCCCCCCCGGGCCGCCGGGGCCGCCGCCGCCUCGUCGCCCGUGCUGCUGCUUCUGGGGGAGGAAGACGAGGACGAGGAAGGAGGGAGCAGGCGGCGGAGGGGGCUCGGGCGGGUGGAGGAGAAGCCCCGAGGGGGCGCGGAGGAGGAGGAUGACGACGAGGAAGACGAGGACGAGGAGGUGGUCGUCGAGGUGGUGGACGGCGACGACGACGAGGAGGACAGCGAGGAGCGCUUCAUGCCCCUCGGCCCCGGCCGUGCGGUCCCCAAGGGCCCGGCCCGGGGCGCGUUGAAGGUGGGGAGCAUUAAACGGGAAAUGACCUUCACAUUUCAACCAGAGGACUUAAAACGUGACUCUAGUAAAAAAAUGUCUCAUCAACACUUGUUUCCCUUGGCCAUGGAGGAAGAUGUGAAAACAGCAGACACCAAAAAAGCCAACCGAGCCCUUGACCAUGAAAAAGAAAAUACUCGCUCCAUCUGUCUCCUUGAGCAAAAACGAAAAGUUGUUUCUUCCAAUAUUGAUGUUCCUCCAGCAAGGAAAUCCUCAGAGGAACUGGACAUGGACAAGGUGACAGCAGCAAUGGUACUAACCAGCUUGUCCACCAGCCCUUUGGUUCGGAGCCCACCUGUGCGGCCGAAUGAGGGCCUCAGCGGAUCCUGGAAGGAGGGAGGCGGCGUGCCUUCCAGCAGCAGCAGCGGCUACUGGAGCUGGAGCGCCCCCAGCGACCAGUCCAACCCGUCCACCCCGUCGCCGCCGCUGUCCGCCGACAGCUUCAAGCCCUUCCGCAGCCCAGCGCCGCAGCCGCCGCCGGACGACGGCAUCGACGAAGCGGAGGCCAGCAACUUGCUCUUUGACGAGCCCAUCCCCAGGAAAAGAAAGAAUUCUAUGAAGGUGAUGUUCAAAUGCCUCUGGAAGAACUGCGGGAAGGUGCUGAGCACGGCAGCGGGCAUCCAGAAACACAUACGGACCAUUCAUCUUGGGCGUGUUGGGGACUCGGACUACAGUGAUGGCGAAGAGGACUUUUACUACACGGAGAUCAAGCUCAACACAGACUCAGUGGCAGAUGGGCUGAGCAGCCUGGCCCCCGUGUCACCGUCUCAGUCCCUGGCUUCGCCUCCUACUUACCCCAUCCCAGAUUCAAGCCGAACAGAGACUCCUUGUGCCAAAACUGAGACUAAACUGAUGACACCCUUGAGCCGCUCAGCUCCCACCACCCUCUACCUCGUGCAUACCGACCAUGCUUACCAGGCCACGCCCCCUGUGACCAUUCCAGGAUCAGCCAAGUUCACCCCCAAUGGCAGCAGCUUCAGCAUUUCUUGGCAGUCUCCUCCAGUUACCUUCACCGGCAUUCCAGUGUCACCAACACAUAAUCAUCUGGGGGGCACAGGAGAGCAGAGACAGCACACUCACACGGUCUUGUCCUCACCACCCAGAGGGACCGUCAGCCUGAGGAAACCCCGGGGAGAGGGCAAGAAGUGCCGCAAGGUGUACGGCAUGGAGAACCGGGACCUGUGGUGCACGGCGUGCCGCUGGAAGAAAGCCUGCCAGAGGUUCACUGACUGACCCCUGAGACCACCGAGCCGGCGGCCCGCCGCCCCGCUGCCCUCGCCUUCCACGGCAGGCUCUGGAAAAGCGCUUUUUCUUCCGAACAAAAUCCACUUGAAGCCCAGGAAAAGCACUUCCAGGAAACUUGGUGGAAUGACAGCAAAAAAAUAAAAUAAAAUAAGGUCACCACCCUCACUGCUCUUGCUGAGAACCCAGCAUCGGGCAGUUUGUUUGUUUGUUUGUUUGUUUUUCCUUGAAAAAAGAACAGUCUGGUUUUUUUUUUCCUGCUGUAUGUCUAGGUCUGAAAACUGCAGACUCCGUAGCAACUGAACCAACAAAGCCUGUUUGACCUAGAGCGGAGGCAUAUUUUGAUAAGCUUUCUGAAUAAUGCCAUUUCUGAGAUUUUUGGGGACAUAUUAAAAGAACAAGAAGCUCCACGUUAUUCGGUGGCAUCUGUACAGAGGUCAACGCCUCCUUUCCUUGUGAACAGCAUUCUCCCCCGACCUCUCGGAGCAGUGCACAUCAUGGCGUGUUGCCAGAAAGCUCAGCACCUGGGUAUCUCUUCUCUGUCUCGUUUGUCCGUCUGUCCUGUUUCCAAGAUGGGCCCCGCCUGGAACCGCCGCGGCGCUGUUGGCCGGCAGGGCCCGGAGGGCAUCCCCUCGCCAAGCGAUCACCAGCAGACUUCAGCCCCCAGCUGAGCCCAGGACAUCCCGCCGCGGGAACCCCAAGGAGUCUAGCGGUCUCAGAAGCCCUUCCCCGGGGGGCGCCUGGGGCCCGGCCCCGUGCAGGACCCGCGCGGGCGGCGGCUGUCCGGGUAAGCCUCGAUGCUUCUUUCAGGGACGCGGGGCAGACGGCGGCCCCCGGUCUGUGGGUCACUGCUCGUCUGACAGUGUCCUUGCCAGGACAGCGGGUCAGCUGGCCUUCCCUCCAAUCUCCACCCCGGGCUGGUUUCAGAAAAGGUAGAGAGCUCGGACUAUCCCCGCAGUUUCGCUACGCACGGCGGAGCACACCGCCCACGUCCCCACCUGUUGGGAGAGACGGGCGAGGUCCGCAAACUCACAUCCAUUCUGAGUGCACUUUCCUAGGUUGUAUGCUUUAGCGCGUCCGGGAGAUGGGCUCGUGACCCACAGAAACAUGAUCUGGGUACAUGGGAGGUCCCAAACUUUAUUUUUCUUAUAAAAAUAUUGGAACUGUUGGCUAAGAAUUUGCUCAGAGGGGAACAUACAGAACACCCAAAGGAAAAUGCAUGUGGGUAUAGGCGUUUCUCAAGCUGGUCGGACCAGGGCUCUCACUGUGUUUCCUAGCCCGCUACGUAUGUACGUAUGUUGGUUGGUUGCUUGGUCGGUUUUGGUGGUAGUGGUAUGGAGGAGGAGAGUUUAUAAACUCGUCCACCCUACUCUGGAUUGCCCUGCGAAUGAGUUCUUUCUCCUAUACCUAUGCAAAGUAGUAAGAGCACCUUAUGGGGGCGCUGUGUCAGGACGGAGAGCCUACGAUCAGCCAUAGGAAUGUUCGAUGAAAUUGCACAGAAGAAAGUUUAAUAUAUGUUGAGAGACUGUACAUACACUUUUCGUUUUAAAGCUUUGAAAGAACUCAUCUAGUAAUAACGAAUAUCCUUUUCCUUUUAUAAUCGAGGGAAAUAGAAGGAGGUCCCACAGUAUCGUAUCCACAACCUGUGUGUUCGUAUCUUUUUGGCAAAUUUAUUUUAUAAGCUUUCAUGUGACUUUUCAAACAUUAUUCCUUGGGAGGGAUCCUGUUUUCCUCCAUUUAUUUUUAUUUCAACAACGCUUAUUUCAAGAGAGCAGGAAAAGAGGAAAAGAGCUUCAUUUAAUUUCAUGUCAGGAUUGCCAAUCAGGAGUAGCUAUGGCACAAGUUAUAAUGUAUGUUUUCAUAUUUACAAGGUCAGCCAGGAAAGGGCUUCUUUUUUUUUUUUUAGGAGGAAAUGUAUUUGCAUUCUCAGUCCCAGCAUGUCUUGUCUCCUCCCUGGAAUCCUGUUGCUCUACCUGUAGGCACCCUCUGCAAUGACUUGAUGCUCCAGCCUGAGCUGCGGGUAGGCUGCUUGGUGGCCACAGUGAGUCCAAAAGGGAUAGUUAGCUGGAGCACAAUCCCUGCGCAGAGGUUUUUCUCUUCAGGGAGGCUCCCUGGCCCGUGAUCCUGGGAUUAAGUCACUCAUCAAAAAUAAUCAAAGUGAUGAGGGGCUAAAUCCAUCCUCCCCACCCCCCAGAACUUUGGAACAUAAGGAGGGAGAGGUCUUCACCAGGGAGCCGUCCUGGAAUGAGGUUUUGUAGCUGGACCCUAGAGAGGCAGGCCAUGAUUAGUUCUGAGCUCUGGCCUGGGGGGGAGGGUCCAAGCUCAGUCUUUACCUGGUUUGUAGCCAAUGCACAGGUGCAAGCAGAAGUGUAGAGCUGAAGGCAAAUUGCCUGGGAUUUUUUCACCUUUCUAAAGCCUUCUUUACACAUACUCUUCUGCAUCUCCUACCCACGUAGGGGCUCCUUUCUGCCGACUGGCUCUGAUCUCUGUGUAUCUUCUUCUCUGGUAUCCAGGUGUGCACAGACCCUUCCUGCACACACACACACAUCCAUUCUUUGUACCAAGGCAUGUCAUAAAUAGAGAACCACCAAAAUUCACCUGGCUGGCCUUGGGGUGGGGAGUGUAGGGGGAGUGAUUAAUUUAAUGCAAACCACCCAGAAAGCGAUGAAUUGCAAUAUAGAGCUCUGGUUUUAAGAGCUAAAAUUUAAAAAAAAAAAAGAGAGCUAUUUUGUUAUAUUUUGGAAUUAAAUGAAGUGCCAAAUUAAGCCCAUUCAUUUUCUGCCAUUGCUGUGGUACCAUGUUCUUUUGUGUCUUCAUUUGGCGAGGGGAAGCAGAGGAUGGGUGGAAAGGGCGGUCCCACAGCAUGCUGGCUGGUUAACUGAAGCUCCGUCCAUCCCAGGGACCUCAGACACCUGCGUGUGCAAAAGGAAUGGCAAUACACGGAUUCUGGACACAAAGUAUUUCUAAAGAAGGCGUCCUAUAGCCUUUUGACCUUUCUCUCCCUUGAUCCCCCUCCCUUCAGAAAAUAGUUCUCAUCUCUGUCUAAAGAAGGCAUCUCAUAGUAAUGGACGGGCAUUCUUCAGGGAGCUACAAAGCAAAGAGUCCAUCAGGCUGUAGUAUUAAGACUUAGUCUUUCCCAGUGGAUAUAUACCCAAUCUGUGGGAAGCAGUGUGACAAGUUGGAGACAACAUGCAGGUAGCAAGUCGGUUGGUUGGGGACCGAGAGAUAUACAAGAGGUCUAUGGACAUCUGGCUCCCACUCAUCUUCUUAAUGCUGGUCGGCCAGGGGGGACUGUUUCUGGGCACCUCCGAGGGAGCUGUCAUGUGGUCCCCCAGGAGUGGCUGCCCGAAGCAAGAAGAGAGCUCCCGGAAGGGAAGCAGCUUUGCCCAGGGAUACAGGACCUCACGCACAUCUCUAGGGGACACAGAUUUCCCGCCCCCUUGCGUGCUGGCGAGUUUCCUCUCUUGGUUGGGAAAAGCCAGUGUCAGGAAGAAGGCAGCUGGUUUCCACCUGAGGGCAUGCCCAGCUGCGGAGUGCCUGUCAGCCCCGCCACGCACCAAGAUGCCCUUCAUUAGACGAUUCCAUGUCAUAACUGUGCUGCCGAUGAAAACUUGAAAUAGACAAGGAUGGGGGUUACAGUUCUUGGGCUUUCCAAAAUCUUUCCCCGGGAAAUAGUUACAUGAAUGUUGCAAGAGAUUUCUGAAACUGAAAUGCCCUCUAUCAGAUUUCAAGAUCUUUUGAGUUUCAGUUGGCUGUCUCCAGUGUCACACGAAGCCACACUUCUGAAAGCCACGUUGGGCUCUGAAUUUGCCGGUGUGGCUGAACCCAUUUCCUCCUCCUUCAGACUUCAUCGGAAAAAGAAAGAGCAGCGUUCAAUUGAGAAUGUUGAGAGAGAAGUGGCAAGGAUUGUACCUACAGGAGAGAAUACCUUGAGAAUAGUAGCAAAAUACUGUAAAUAAUAUUCAUUUCCUCAGGGAAAAUUAAAGGGUAUGUGAAAGAGAGAUCUGGAGGAUCUUAAGACUAGAAAGACUUUUAUUAUCUCUAGAGUCUUUUCGGGUCAGAACUGUUUGGUGUUUGGGGGGUUUGUUUUGUUUUUUAAGGAACAUGAGAAUUAUUUCAAGGCAGAUUUCCAUGAACUGGACCACACCAACUUUCGGAGAUGUGCAGGAAUGCUAUAUGAGAAAGAGCUAUUUCUUUGUGGCUGACGGCGGCCUGAGGCUGACCUUUGAACCCCAAGCACGCUCCCUGGCCGGUGUUCAUAAACUCAUGGAAGGCUUUUUCUGAAUGUAAUUGUGAAUACGAAGCCUUGGUGUUCCUCUUUCGAAUCGGCCGGUUGGAUGACUACACGCAGAAUCCCGUAGGUGAGAGCUGUUAAAGACGCGUGUUUUGUUUUAAUGGCAUGUUAAGGAGCAAACUUCCACGGACUUAAUGCGGACAAGGUGCUGCUUUUUCUCAUGACCCUGUAGAAUUUCUAUCGACCGCAUCAACUGUAGCGUUGACCUGUAUGAACACAGGGAAGGAUCUGUGCAUACAAAUGAGUGGGAACAGAGCAGAAUUCAUGAAUAUGGAUGAGGAUGUGGAUCCUUUUGGAGAAGGCGCUGGCUACACGGGUCAACUGGAAAUUUCAUUUCUCUCAGAAAAUAACCCUACCAGCGGCACAGCACCCCCCUCCUCGUUCUCAGACCUGUGCGGAUUCCUCCACGCUGGAACUGUGUUGUUGUGUCUUUUUGCAUUGUAACUCGUCAAACCAGAAGUCCGUAAAUGAAAUGAGAUUAGCACUUUUAGGUACCAAGUGUAUGAUUAAGUAAUGCACACCAAUAGAUCAAGAAAGUAUAAAAUGUAUUUAAGACCGACCGGUUUGCUUAUUGUGACUGACUUUGAAAAAGCCCGUAUCCAAUGAUAUCCAUGCUUUAAAAGGUGUAUCUAUCCUGGGACCGGAAAUCAAAAAUGGGAAUUUUACUUCUGGUCCUGUUUUGUAAAUAGUUCCUUUUUUUUUUUUUUGAAGACAAUCUCAUGUUUUAUACCUUUUUCUGUAGGUCUGAGAAUCACAAUGGUAAUGUGUUGUGUCAAAAAUGUAAUCUUAAAUACGAUAAUAAUUAUAACUCAUUUUCCAAAUAAGACAAGGAUUAUACCGCUUUAGGCUUCUACGGUUCUAAGAGACAUGACACUUUUAUAAUAAGCAUUAGUACUUAACUUCUCAAGUUAACAGAACUGGAAAUAUUUUACAAGAUGCCGUGUUUUGUAAUCACAAAGAACAUGAACAUUUUGUGGGAAAUGACCUUGGUUUUAUACAUUGUAGCUUAUUUUUUAAAAUACAGUAUUUACCAGACAGGAAGUGUUAGUAUUAUAAGCAAUUCCUGCUCUCCAAACAAAGGGCUAUGCCUCUUUUAAGCAAGUGUUUAAUGCAUAUCUUUUCAAUGAACCCUCUGCAGCAAGGGUAGAAAUGCAGAUCAGACGGAAAGAGUAUUACAAGAGAGUAAAGCUAGCAACUGCUACUCCUUUUAUCAUUGCCAGUGUGUUUGCAAAGUAUGAUGGAAAAAGACACAGAAAGAAUCAUCCUUUGUAUCUUAAAUCAAAAAAAAGAAUGUUAGUAGAUAUGCUUGCAGGCAAUGGGAGAAAUAUUCUUGGAAAUUCUUCACUGGGUGGUAAUUUCCCAAACCACGGUAUAUAAGCCCAAAGAUAGAAUUUUUAGGCGAUCAGUGGUGUUUAAAGUAGUUUUUCCUCAGCACUAACUCAGUAACUUUAAUUUCCUUAUCAAAGCAAGUGCUUGAUUUGUCACAAGAAGAACGAAUAGACAUGCAAGGUUGCGAUCAGAAAGUCACGGUAUUCCCAAGAGUCGGGAAACAAGGAAGGGAGCCUUGGAGAGUUUAUUAACUGCACAAAUAAUUUUGAGCUUUGCCAAAAGCAUUUCAUAAUGCUGUUCAGUUUUUUUCUAGCCCACUCACUGUUAAGAAAAAAAAAAGCAAGCAUCUUUUCUUUCUAAGAUUUCAGGAACUCAAAAGCUAGACUAUUUAGCAGUAAGCAGAUAACAUCAAAUGUAAAGCUAGGAUAGAAUGACCGUAUACCCAUUGGGCAACUCCUAUGAAGUGGUCAGAGGGUCACUCAGAUUUUGCUUUCAAAUAGGCUUUAGAAUCUGCACACAUGAGGACUAGAAAUGCAUGGAGACAGGGAAAACCAUAUACAGCCUCAACUCCUGGUCUCUGAGAUGAGGCUGUCUACAAAUCUGUAUCUUCAUUCCCUUAACUAUCUCCAUCGUUCGCAUUAAAUCCCCAAGAAGUGCUUAUUGCUGUGUGGUUCUGAGCCAAAUGAGUCUUGCUUCUUUUUGAAAUAGAAGCUUCCUAAUGGUUUAUAGCAGAAGCCUUAGAAAAGCCAGGCAGGAUCUGUAAACGAACGAUUCAGAUCAGGCAACACAGGGACACUACAGAACGGUGGAGAUGCUGGUAAACCAGAGAGCUCAUGCCCCCGUUGCGUGGGGCACCCAGCCCUAGACAAUCAGAACCAUGCAGAAAUCAGGCCCAGGGCUUCUAGAUCUUCUGACUUGGAAGUAAGAUGUUACCAGACAUUUAAGUGUUGACAGUUCAAAUUCUUGGCCAACACUGUGCAGACCAAAGAGAACCUACAUAUGGGCAGAGGCAGCCUCUGGCCACCAGUCUCACCCGCUGGGGAAAGCACAUCUCACAUCCCACGGCCACUGGGUCAGGUUCGUCCCUCAGGCCCACAGACUCACACGUUGGCACGAUCUGGGCCACUAAAAUCAAAAGAAGGGAAAGAGGUCAGUUCUCCCCAGAAACCAUUCUCAUGGAAGACUUGAAUAUAAAAAUAGAGUAUCCUUAAGCUAGCCUUGCCUCUGAUCAAAAUACGCUGAAGUACUAUCCAGCUCUCCCUGUCCCCUUCUGGCCUGCCGAGGCCAUGCCCCAAAGCAUGGAAGAACAGUCAUCCCAACUUAAGUUCUCACCUACCGUGACCACUGUGAUGAAGGUCUGGCAAAGAGCAGCCUCGUGCCUUCAGAGAAGGCAGCCAGGAGCCCCUGGAGUUUGAGAUAGCACACUCUGUCUCCUUGUGCCAAAGCCCUUUGCCAGCCCCUCUACACUCCUUCCCACUCCAUCCUGCCUCAAGAGUUUUCAUGCCAGGGUAAAAUUUCCAUUGUUUCAUCUCCCCUAGAGCAACACCCUUGCUUCAGAACCGGUAGAUAUUUUAGAGUGUCCACUAACCCCCAAAAUGGAGUUUUUCCACCCAGAAAAUGUUCGCACAUUUGUCUGAAGGCAAAGACAAAAUGGGAAUGAAUGGGUCAUGGAAAAAAUUAGAAGUUGCUUCUUUGGCUCCAAUGGACUGUUACUUAGACUGUAUCUUACACCAGAGUCCUGAUCGUAUUGGGAUAAUUGCUAACCCUUUCACAUAUAUUAUAAAGCAUGUUUCUUUCAGAUACAUUAUUUCAUUUGACCUUCCUAAGGACCCAGUGUAGAGUAGGAAUAUUUGGGAUCACCUCCACGGCCAGCCCAGGAUAGUGUUAAGCCCGUGAGUCAGCCCUGUCACUGCCUGAAGGGAGGAGAAGAAGGGCUUGGGAAAGCACUGGCUCAGACUGAUAGCAUCUUUCAGAUGCUAAACCUGGAAAGACACAGGGACCCGCCAGGUUCUCAGCUCAGGAUCUUCAGCAUAGAAACCCAAGUGUGCACUCAUUCCCCAUUGUCACAUGCAAACUUAAUCAAUGCCAGCAGCACCCCUUUAGGCUGCUGCCAUGCCCGUACUCCCCAAGGUCUAACCAUCUAAAUGGUUAAUCAUAGGAGUUUCUGAGCUAAUAUGAUGUUUUGAGUAAAAGUUUUGACUCCUUGGGAACAAAAUUAUUUUGCUGCCACCAUUCAACAUUUGCUCUCCAUGUAAACGGAAAUCAUUGCCAGAAUACUGAAAAACAGCUCAAAUUUAUUAUUUUUAAUGAUCAAAUCCAACUCAAAGUUGGAAAUACCCAUGAGAUGGUGAAGUUACAUUUAAAUACGAAUGCAAAUGAAAUGACUUUGUUGAGGCCUGAGAUCUCCAUCAGGGUGAGUGACUAAAAGGCUGUCCAGUAAUGAAGAGAUUUCAAGGGACCCUUCUCGCUCUACUUUACCAGGCUUCCCAUCAUGAGUUUAGGGUGAAGCCACUCCCAGGGAGUGUAGUCAUGGAGCUAGAAGGGACCUAAACCAUUUUGGCCUGCCACCUAGUUGAUUAAAAGGCUUUUUGAUAAGUGAUGUGUUUGCUCUCUGUCCGAGAAUAGAGGAGGAGGAGGAGGAGGAGGAGGAAACAGCCAAGCACUCUCCUCCUCUUUGGGGAAGAAGCCUGUUUUGCAGGACUGAGCACUGGGCCCCAGUGGCAGGGCUUCGUGAACAAGCAGGAAGCGGAGGUUCCAAAACAAGAUAACUCUAGACUCUGAAAGAAGGCAGGAUUGUGAAUUCAACGCUCAAAUCGCCAUCUUUGUUUUUAAAAAAUGUUCUUUCCUAUUGGGCACCAUUCACGUCAUUAUUAACAGCCAGCUUCCGAAGAAAAGGGCCCCUUUAUUUAUAGUAUGAAAAUGCUAAAAAUGAAUUCUUGAGCAUAAUUAACUGUUACUUUCGAGGUAACAGUUGCUUACGAGGGACAAUUCCCUAAAUUUUUAAUUCAGAAAAUUCACGAGAGUGGAAUGUAGCAACUCCUGAAAAAGGCAAGAGAGCUGUCAUUAAAGAAAAUUUUCUUUCAAAAAAAAAAAAUUGCUCAUCUGCUUCCUUCUGAAUUCUUUCUACAUCUCUGACUCAGGAGGAAAACCAGGACUCUGGAAAAGAAAUUGAGCGUAAAGAGAGAGAGAGAGAGAGAACAGUUCCCAUUCUGGUGAUUAGUCUUAACCACCCUCCCUUGUCCUCCCCACCCGCCCCCAUCUUGGCAACCAUCUCCUGUUCGCUUGUGUGAUGUUACUGAGGCCACACUGUUAUUAUGUAUGUUCCCUUCCAAAAAUUCCAAAUUAAACACCUUUGCUUCUGUGCUGCUGACUUCUCACUCUUCAGUUAAGGUCCAAGGGGAUAAACAGGACUAUGACUGUACGUGAGGCUCAGUCGGUGAGGCUAUCCUCUUCUUUCCAAGAAAAAUUUCCAUCCGUCUGAACAGCCCCUGGUGAUCAUCCACACAGCAGGUCAACCUGCGACACACAUCACAACACUCAGACAGACUCGCUGACAAAGGACAAGGCAGAUCUCUAAUCCCUUCACCUGGACUCAAAGCCCUCUGCUCGAGUCACCCACCAAGCCCUUCCACGGGGAAAGCCAGCUGUGUGAUCAGACCACUUGGAAGGACAAAAGGGAGCUUCACAUUUCAUGUCGCUGGGCCCUGAACUCUGCCCGCAAUUAUACAGCCUGAAAACUGACUUGGCCUUUAUUGUGUGAAAAGUAGGUGACUCCCGCAAGGUAUAAUUAUUUUGACUUUAUAUGUAUGCAAGGAGAAAGCUACUCCAGUCUGCUCUCACUGGUAAGCCCCUGUCCCUCACCCUGGUGGAGUUCUCUUCCCAUGCUUUGGGCACACAUGACCAAGACAGAGAGGAAAAAGGGAGAGCUUUUGGGGCCAGCAACGCAAGAGCUGGAAUUACCCCUCAGGGAUCUACAGUGUAGUGUAAUUAUAAACUGCCCCCCCCAAAAAAGAUUACAAAUCCUUGCUUUGCUUUUUAUGCCUUUUUAUCCUAUUUUCUGCUAAUUGGAAAUCAAUGACUGUGACUUGACCAAGCCCUGUGAUAAUAUAGCAAAGCCCCUUCUUCCAAAGUAUCCUGAUGGUCUGGGGAACCUCUGUGAUCACUGGUAGAAAGCUUUAGAAUAGACUUAGAUUUUUAGGAAAGAACUCAAUACCCCCAAAAUGUUCCAUGACUUCAAUAACUGAAAAUGCUCUGGGUGUAAAACAACCCAGAAAUGUGGAUUAUAUAUGUUUUUAAAAAAAAUGCCAUUAAUCAAUAUUUUCCUACAACAUGACCUAGAAUUCCUAUUUUUAUAAUUAAUGGUUGGAUGAUGAUCAGCCAUUUAAACAUAUGCUCUCUGGAAUAACCAGAUACUAGUGUAGUUUCCAAAGUGUUUCAUGUCUCAAAAUCUAUAUACUUAGAAGAAGAACUCAGGAUAAGUAAAACUCGCUAGGUCCCAAAGGGUUCAUGACCAUCAUCAAAUGCAACUACCAAGUGGCCUACGGUCAUCUUUCUCAAACGAGGAGGCUGGGGAGCGAGAGAACAACAGUAAUCACAAACCCUCCGUUGCCCUUAGUCCAUGGUAAGGUUUAAAAAAAAAAAAACUCUUUUAAAAAUUAAGCCAUCUUUCAAAUUGUUUUCUACACCAAAUCUAAAAAUGUUAAAACAAAAUUAUAAAAUAUUUCAAAUGGGGUAUUUAGUGGAAAUGCUGUCAGUAAGAAGCAUUGCUUUUUAGUGCCCGCAAAACAACGUAAAGCGGGAAGGAAGAGAAAGCAGCAGUCCUUCCUGUGUGAUGCUAGUGGGGAAAUGACAGGAGUUAACCAGGCAUUGGGCACUAAUUCAAAGGCAAUGUGACGAUGCUAUCCGAUUUUGAGAGAUCUUCUGAAAUACAAUCUUACCACCAUUUGGAGGUAAGGAAGUACUUGCUUACAAAAAAGUCUUUAAUAUUAGUGAAUGAAUGUAUAAAGUUACAAACUAUGCAUUUUCAAAGAGUAACAUGUAUUUUGUAUCAAAUCCAAGUAAAUUUUUUCACAGAGUUAUCAGAAACACAAAUUACUCAAAAUAAACUUGAACACAUAACAUUAUGGGAAUGUGGGACUCCCAUCUCUAUUCUUCCAGCUGAUAUUUUUCAAAACAGUGCAUUGAAAUUUCAGACUCUAAACAACUUCAGCCAUUAAGGUAAAUAAAUAGGAAAUGGUUUCUAUUUCACUUCUGAAGCAGAAAUGAGAAAUGCUGGCUGUUACAAAACGUGCCCGGUUUUUUGAAGGUGGAUCUUCUAGUAACACUGGAUUAACAGGCAAACAAAACUGCGCAAGGUGAAGACGCAUCAUUGGAUAAAUAUAGCCUAGGUCAUGUCUGUUGUGUUUAAUUCUCACUCUGAAAACACAAAUUACUCUCCAAAGGAAUUGGGUGAUAGCGUUUUGGAGAACAAAAUAUAAAAACGCUGUCCGUCAAAUCAUCAGGCUUUUUUCAAAAUCACAUGGAGAUAAUUACUUAUACAUUUCUGGAACAUCCACUUAGAAUAUACACACGUUUCUUCAGCCUUCUUGUUGAUUUUUUAUUUCCAUGAAACUUUUACCCUACUAACUUACCCUUGCUCCUUAAUCAGUACUUUGUUACUCAGCAUGAGAAACACCUUCUUUUCUUUCAUCUGACAGUAUUGAAAUAACUCCAUUUCUCUACCGUUCUAGUUCUCUUCUAUGUCCGUUGAGCAAGUUUCUCAACUGUUUGUAGAAAUAUGGAAAACACAGAAACACGCACUUCUAAACCUGGUACUUACGGUUAUACUGGAUAUGUUUGCUACCUAGGUAGACAUUUUGGGGGGUGGGUAUGUGUCUUUUUAUAUGAUUUCUAGCCAAAUGCAGAUGUUCUGAUACUACAUUUCUGAAUACCUAUCUGACUGUAAAUACAGCCUGUGGACGUUCAGGUGAAUACCGCUUGGACGUGACUGUUCCUCGGCCGUGCUCCUUGCCAGCUUUUGGCCCAUUGUACAUAGAUUUGUUGAAUGUUUAAAUGACGUUGUUUUUUCUAAAUGCUGUUCUCUAAAACAACUUUUUGAAUGUUUUUUGCUUUCCAUUGUUUGGGACUUUGUGUGUUGGUUUAAAAAACAAAAAAAAAAAAAAACAAAAAAAAAUGUUUCCUAAAUAUUUCACACCAGGAAAAAGAUUUCAAAUAAACUGGUGCUAAUUGAAAUAGAAGAUAAAUUUCCGAUGUGAAGACUUACCACAUGAGACGUUCACACCAGGUGAACUAAACUGCACUUUCCCGAGGGGACAGCUGGUGCCUCCCUUCCGUGAGCAUCAGGAGGACCACUGAAGGUUCACAGGUUCUGUGGCCCACUUAAGUGUAAUGCGUAAAAAUGGCACUGUCCCCGCAGCGUUGAGGAUUUGCCACACUGGUCCUAUGGAAGCAUUUAGGUAGAAGUAAAGGCUUAGAGUAAGAAUCAAUUUAGUAAUAGUCUUCUGGUCUUUGGACUUUCAUGUUCUGUAAUGCUUAGCUGUAACAAUGAAUAUGGUGUUGCCAAUGUAGUCUGACAUCAUCGUUGACCUGUACUUAUUGCGUGUAUGGUUCUACCUUGGGUUGCACUGGCACAUGCCAAGCGGGAACACUGGACUUUCAAUAAGACCAUCCUGACUUCUACAGUGUCCACACAGAUGAAUUUAAAUGCACUUGUAACUGGUUAAUUACCAUGGAGUCUAACUUCCACUUAAUAAAAGUUUUUGUGUAUCUGCUUCUA